AUGUCGACUGCCAGUAUGGACGUUGAUAAAACAGAACCAACUAUUGACGAAGGCCUCUAUUCCCGUCAACUUUAUGUUUUGGGCCAUGAGGCUAUGAAGAAAAUGAGUACUUCCAACGUUCUUAUAGUUGGAAUGAAAGGUCUUGGCGUCGAAAUAGCCAAGAACGUUGUAUUGGCGGGUGUAAAAAGCGUAACAAUUUAUGACCCGGAACCUGUUAGAAUAUGCGAUCUAUCAACACAGUUCUUCCUCAGGGAGGAAGAUGUUGGCAAACCAAGGGCAGCAGUAUCAGCACCACGAUUGGCUGAAUUAAAUCAGUAUGUUCCAGUAUCCGUGAUCGAAGGAGAGCUUACGAUAGAUAAGCUCCAAAGUUUUCAGGUCGUUGUCUUGACAGAGAUUUCCUUAAAAAAGCAGCUAGAAAUCAAUGAUUUUACUCAUGCGAACGGCAUAAAGUUUAUUGCAACUGACGUUCGUGGUCUCUUUGGGUUAGUUGAUCAUUCUGCUUGUCUUUAUAUCUACAUUGAAGACUGGUUACCUCCUAACUUUGUGUAUCACUGUAGAACUACAUUCAAUGACUUCGGAUCAGAGUUUGUUGUAACCGAUACUACUGGGGAAAAUCCUCUUACCGGGAUGGUAGCUGCGGUUUCAAAAGAAGUUGAAGGCGUGAUAACAUGCCUUGAUGAAACAAGACAUGGUCUUGAAGAUGGCACUUACGUCACCUUUUCAGAGAUCAAGGGAAUGGUAGAAUUGAACGGAUGUGAACCUAAAAAAGUAAAAGUUCUUGGCCCUUACACUUUCGCCAUUGAUGAUACAUCGAAUUUUGGCACUUAUAUUGAUGGUGGCAUUUUCACUGAAGUUAAAAUGCCAAAAACUCUUAACUUUAAAUCUCUGCGAGAAUCGUUAGAGCAACCGGAUUUCUUCAUAACCGAUUAUGGCAAAUUCGAUAGACCGGCACAGUUGCAUGUAGGAUUCCAAGCCCUUCAUGCUUUUGUUGAGCUUCAUGGUCAUCUUCCACGCCCGCACAGUGAAGCGGAUGCAGACGAAGUUUUACGAAUCACCAAAACAAUUAAUGACAAGCGAGAAGAUAAAACAGAUAUCGAUGACAAGCUUAUCAAAGAACUCGCAUACGGUGCGACAGGGGAUCUGUCUCCAAUGGUCGCUAUAUUGGGGGGAUUGGUUGCGCAGGAAGUCUUGAAGGCAUGCAGUGGAAAGUUUCAUCCGAUACAACAAUUGAUGUACUUUGACUCUUUGGAAUCUUUACCCAAAAGCGUUGAACUCACUGAAGAGUCUUGUCGUCCCAUUGGCAGUCGUUAUGACGGUCAAAUUGCUGUCUUUGGCAAAGACUUUCAAAACAAAAUUGCUGAUUUCCGCGAGUUUUUAGUUGGUGCUGGUGCAAUUGGAUGUGAAAUGUUGAAGAAUUGGGCAAUGAUGGGUUUGGGCACUGGGCCUCGUGGCGAAAUUCAUGUUACGGAUAUGGACACUAUCGAGAAGAGCAACUUGAAUCGACAGUUUUUAUUCCGUCCCAAUGACGUUGGCAACUUGAAAUCCGAUACAGCAACAGCAGCGAUUGAAAGAAUGAAUCCAGGGACGAAAGGAAAAGUCAUUGCACAUCAGGAUCGAGUGGGAGUGGAAACUGAGAACGUUUAUGGCGAUACUUUCUUUGAAAAUCUUGACGGUGUUACUAAUGCCUUGGACAAUGUUGAAGCCCGAAAGUAUAUGGAUCGUCGUUGUGUGUACUUCCGAAAGCCUCUGCUCGAAUCCGGAACACUUGGCACGAAAGGAAACACUCAAGUAGUCAUUCCGUAUCUAACGGAAUCGUACUCUUCUUCCCAGGAUCCGCCAGAAAAAUCCUACCCAAGUUGCACUCUCAGGAACUUCCCCAAUGCCAUCGAGCACACCAUUCAAUGGGCUCGAGAUUUAUUUGAAGGACUCUUCCGUAUACCAGCAGAAAAUGUUAACAUAUAUUUGCGCGAACCGAAAUUCGUUGAACAAUCGUUGAGCCAGGGAACAAGGGCUAAGGAAAUUCUGGAGGGAGUGCGGAAUUAUCUGGUUACAGCUAGGCCAUUGAGUUUUGAAGAGUGUAUUACUUGGGCGCGCUUCAAGUUUGAGGAAUAUUAUAAUAAUAAUAUUCAACAGCUUUUGUUCAACUUCCCAAAGGAUUCAGUGACAUCCUCCGGUACAUUGUUCUGGUCUGGUCCAAAGAGAGCACCCGAUCCUCUAGUGUUUGAUUGUAAUAAUGAUGCACAUUUGGACUUUAUUAUUACCGCGGCCAACCUUCAUGCGUUUAACUAUGGUCUUAAAGGUGAAAUCGACAGAGAAUACUUUAAAUCAUUUCUAAGUAUGAUAGAAGUACCUGAUUUCGAACCCAAAUCUGGCGUGAAAAUUCAAGUACAAGAGAAUGAGACCAUUGCGCCACAGGCAGCUGAUGAGAAAGAACUUCAAGACAUAAUUAACGAACUUCCCGCACCGUCAUCUCUUGCUGGUUUCCGCUUAAAUGCGGUCGAGUUUGAAAAAGAUGAUGAUACAAACUUCCAUAUUGAUUUUAUUGCUGCCGCGUCCAAUUUGCGAGCAAUGAAUUAUGCAAUUACACCGGCAGACCGCCACAAGACCAAAUUUAUUGCCGGAAAGAUUAUACCGGCCAUCGCCACUACUACAUCUUUGGUGACAGGGUUGGUUUGUUUGGAGUUGUAUAAGAUUAUUGAUGGAAAGCAAAAGUUGGAAGACUAUAGGAAUGGUUUUAUCAACUUGGCACUACCAUUCUUUGGCUUUUCGGAACCGAUUUCUAUGCAGAAAUUCAAGUACCACGAGGUUGAAUGGAGCUUGUGGGAUCGAUUCGACGUUGAAGGCGAUCUCACACUGCAAGAAUUUCUGGAUUACUUCAAGACCAUGCAUGAAUUGGAGGUGACAAUGUUGUCAGCCGAUGUUAGCAUGUUGUAUUCCUUCUUCAUGCCAAAGAAGAAGGUAGAAGAACGCAAGGCUAUGAGAAUGUCUCAAUUGGUUGAGCAAAUAACAAAGAAACCUAUUCCUCCGCAUGUACGGGCUUUAACACUGGAAAUGUGUGUAAAUGAUCGUAGCGGCGAAGACGUUGAGGUUCCUUAUGUUAGACUCGUUAUUAGAAAGUAG